AUGGGCUUCUUUGGACUGCUUUGUUUUGUGGGCCUGGUCACUAUUUCCAACACUUAUACAAUCCAGCGUUUAUCUAAGGACAAAGCGUUUGCUAUAGAUGACAAACAGAAAAGAAAUGACAUCCCCUUCCUUAAUUCAGAAACUAAAACCCCAGUUGUUGAAGGAGACAUGGCUUUACCUCCUGGGCGCAAUGCACUGAGAAACACCACCUACAGAUGGACAUUUCCCAUCCCUUAUAUUCUGGGUGACAGCCUAGACUUGAACGCCAAGGGUGUUAUAUAUCAAGCAUUUGAAAUGUACCGUCUAAAAUCCUGUGUGGAAUUUAAACCCUAUGAAGGAGAGAAAAGCUUCAUAAAGUUUGAAAAAUUGGAUGGGUGUUGGUCUCAAGUUGGAGAUUUACAAACAGGCCAGUAUUUAUCCCUUGGUGAAGGCUGUGACUAUAAAGCCACUAUUGAGCAUGAGCUACUUCAUGCCUUGGGAUUCUACCAUGAGCAAUCCAGGAGUGACCGUGAUGAUUACAUUAACAUCUGGUGGAAUGAAGUCCUUCCAGGCAUGGAACAUAACUUUGUGAAAUACGACGACAGUUUCAUUACUGACCAAAACACUCCAUAUGAUUAUGAAUCUAUCAUGCAUUAUGGCGCAUACUCCUUUAACAAGAACUCAAGUAUCCCAUCUAUCACCGCCAAGAUUCCAGAAUUAACCAGUGUCAUAGGACAGUACCUGGAUUUCAGUAGCCUUGAUUUAAAAAGGCUGAACCGAAUGUAUAACUGCUCCUCUUCUCUUACUCUGUUGGACCAGUGUGCUUUUGAGUACAUAAACAUCUGUGGAAUGAUCCAGAAUUCAAAGGAUGAUGGGGAUUGGGUUCAUGUUAAAAGUAGUUCCGGAAUGGAAGAUCACACCCUUAUUGGCCAGUGCAAAGAUGCAGGAUACUUUAUGUACUUCAACACCAAAACUGGACAACGUGAUGAAACAGCCAUUUUAGAAUCAAGGACCCUGUAUCCUAAAAGAAGCCUGCAGUGCCUUCAGUUUUUCUACAAGAUGACAGGAAGUCCUAAAGACAAGCUGCUAGUUUGGAUAAGAAUGGACGAUGGAACUGGAAAUGUCAGAAAACUUGUUAAAGCACAAACUUUCUGGGGAGACAAAGACCAUUCCUGGAAAAUUGCCCACGUGCCCCUGAAGGCCAAUGUCAAGUUCCGCUACAUGUUCCAAGGUGUGAGGGGAGAUCCAACUCAUUCAGAUGGUGGAAUUUUCAUUGAUGACAUCAGCCUGGCAGAGACCCGUUGCCCUAGCGGUGUCUGGCAAAUAAAGAAUUUCACUGGCCUUCUUAAAACAACUACCGCUGGUGAUUCUAUUCUAAGCCCCCGGUUUUACAGUCCUGAGGGGUAUGGUUAUGGCAUUGAACUCUUACCACACUCCUACUAUGGUUACAUCGGGGCUUUCUUCCAUCUGACCAGUGGGGAGAAUGAUGCCUUGUUGGAAUGGCCUGCUGCAAACAGACAAGUCACAAUCACAGUGAUUGAUCAAGAUCCUGAUGUCAGACUGAGGCUGUCAUCCAGUAGAAGCUUCACGACAAGUGGAAACCAUGUUAUACCAGGUACAAAUGAUCUUCUUUAUUGGGACAAUCCCUCUAAAACUGGAACCUAUGAUCCUUCCUGUGCCUGUUAUCGGAGCUGGAAUUGGGGAUGGAAUGCAUUCUUCUCUCACAAUGACCUAAACCGCAGAAGCUACCUGAAAAAUGAUGACCUUAUUGUCUUCAUUGACUUUGAAGAUCUGAAGCCCCUUAUUAAAACUGAAGUACCAGUCAAGCCAGUAACAUCACGUGAGGAGCACCGUGAUCUCAUAUAA